AUGCUAAGGAUUCUGACCAGAGCCCAGUCCACAUGCCUGCGGUUUCAUCCCCUCAACGAAAACUAUAAAACGCUCAGGCAUGUCCACUUUCCUGGAAUCACGCCCUUUCAAAAAGGAGAGGCCAUCCAGAAACGAAUGGUGGCUGCUAACUUGGACUUCAAGAAGAUGGAGGCCAAGAUUCGCAAGCAGCUGAAGCACUUUUUGGACCAGGGCUUUGCUCUCAGUGAAUAUGAGGAUAAGUUCUUGAAGCAGGUACUCUCGAUGAAGCCGUUUCCGACGCUUUUGACGUUUGAGUUCAACAAUGUGUAUACUGGAGGAAAGCAGAUGAAGCAGGACCCUCUGUUGGUGAAGAAAGUCGCUGAAUACGAGGCUUUGGGAUGUGAAUAUCACCAGCUUGAGCGUGGAGGUCAGGUCACCUGGCACGGAAACGGGCAGUUGACGGCAUACUUGAUUUUGGACUUGAAGCAGUUUAGUCAGCUUACAGUGAAGUGCUUUGUGGAUGCCGUUUUGCUCCGGGGAGUCCAGAACAUGUUGAGCAAGAACUACGGGUUGGAGAGCCACACGAACGAGAAUCCUGGCGUUUGGAUGGCCCCUAACAAUUUGAAGAUCGCCUCGGUCGGUUGCAAUAUCCAGAGGGCCAUCACAUCCUACGGUAUUGGCUUGAAUGUAAAUCCCGACAUGAAGUUUUUGAAUACGUACACGAUGUGUGGUUUGCCGGGCACGAAGGCGGCGUCUUUGAAGGAGUUGGUGCCUGAUGCUGACGUUGAUGUGAAGAAGGCAGGCGAUUUGUUUGCCAAGGAGGUUGCCAGGCUCCUCAAUAUCGGUACUAUCGAGCAUAUGGACGGCAAGGAGCUUCUCGCAGCUGAGGAGGCCGAUGCCGCUGAACAGUAA